AUUGUGGGGUUCGUUUCGUUGAUCGCUAACCGAGUGGGUGAAGUAAUGAAUUAAGGGUUUCGGACGCUUCUAAAUAUCCGUUCCGUGCUUCAGGCGAACGUGCACUGCGCUUGUAAUAUUGUCCAGACAGUGCGUUUGAUUUAGAAUGAAUGCUUGGAAUUAAACAUGUAUAUUAACGCUAACAGAAACAACAGCAGCAGGACUGAUGUGUGGAUGUGGAGACUCCGCGUAAACUAAUCAAGCAAAAGUGUUUUGGUGAUCUGCUAGAAGAAAGCCGGCCAAAUCAUCUGAAGCUUCACACAAAGCCGCCGCGGCAGGCGCGUUAUCAUCAUCAUCAUCAUUAACCCGUUGAACCUCCUCGGCUUGUUUUGAUCUUCCUGAAACUCUGAAGCGUCUCGGCAGCUCAUCUCUCAUGGCGUCUUCAUCAGGGAACGACGAUGACCUGACGAUCCCGAGGGCGGCCAUCAAUAAAAUGAUCAAAGAAACGCUUCCCAAUGUGCGAGUGGCGAACGAUGCCAGAGAGCUGGUGGUGAACUGCUGCACAGAGUUCAUUCACCUCAUCUCAUCAGAAGCCAACGAGAUAUGUAAUAAAUCAGAGAAGAAGACUAUCUCUCCAGAGCAUGUCAUAAACGCACUUGAAAGUCUAGGUUUUGGGUCAUAUAUCGCAGAGGUAAAAGACGUUCUGCAGGAGUGUAAAACUGUAGCACUUAAACGAAGGAAGGCCAGCUCUCGACUAGAGAACCUUGGCAUUCCGGAGGAGGAACUUCUCCGUCAACAGCAGGAAUUAUUUGCUAAGGCUAGGCAGCAGCAGGCUGAGUUAGCACAACAGGAGUGGUUACAGAUGCAGCAGGCUGCCCAACAGGCACAAUUAGCGGCGGCUUCAGCCAGUUCUGCUCAGCAGGCUGGAUCUUCCCAGGAUGAAGAUGAAGAGGACGACAUGUAAAUCCCGACAGGCUUAGAUAGAUUGACACUCACAUCAUAUUACAGACAUGUAUGGUCUCCUAUACACUUUGACCUCCUUAAACCCUAGCAGAGAGGGACCUCUGCGGUGUUGUUUCCUAAACAAACUUUUAAAUCAAGCUUAUCAGUAUAAUUUAAUACAGACGGUUUAGGAAUGAUCAUGGGUGCUCUUCUGUGAUUUGUUGCAAUGUUUGCCUCUAUUCACUUGUUAACUAGAAUGAUUAGGUCUUUUCUUUCACAUUUAUACCAGAGUUAUUUGAAGGCAGUUGUCAUGAGUUUCACCAUUUUGUAUGUGUGUGGUAACGAUGUUAAGUCAUGUAAUGUGGCUGUGACGUGACGUGCACCUCAUUGAUUGUCCUUGGUUAAGUUCAGGAGCCUUCAGGAGUUUUACCUCACUUCCUCCUGUUUUAGGGGACUUGCAUAGCUCUCAUAUUUGUAUGUAAAAUAGCUUAUAAAGACACAUUUUGGGGAAUCUUUUUGGAAAGUGAUUUUUACUGCAGUUCAUCCCCACUUCUGUAUUUCUCUUAUGUUCUGCUGAGUGAGAUCUGAGAAAAUGUUAUUUUUUUCCUUUAUAAUGUAGGAUGUUGCUUUUUGGUUCUUUUUAUUUAGAGGAUCAGGAUACAAUAUAUGUAGAUAGGCUUUUACCUGCCCUGUGCUCUGAACAGUAUUCCAAGGAAAAUAUUUACAUUUGCAUAACUAAUAUCUGACUCAUAGUACCAAAGACAGAAGAAACUAUGAAACUUCAGUCAACUGAUAGUUUUCAGAAAUCUAUACAUGGUAUUUCCUCUCUGUUUGAAUUGAGUGCUUCAGUGCAGACCACACUGAAGUCUCUGUAAACCUAUUGGUGGCUACUCUCAGUUUGUACAAUGUUUUGAUAGCAGAUUUGUCAAGGUGUUAAUUCUUAUCUCAUGACUGGUAAAGUGUAGUUGAGAAGCGUAUUCACAUGCCUUUGCAAAAGCUGUAUUCUCGAAGCAAUAAAGUCAA